ACCCGAUUUGGCGCAAGUAGCUGCAAAAAUAGAUUCAUUGAAAAAAUGGACUAUUUCGACUUACAAAACAACAAAGCAGUCCAUAUGUGAGAAUUUAGGAAAGGUUGAACGCACAGUUGACAAGGAGUUGGAAGAACAAAUCGAAGAACUGAAAAUAUUGCACAAGCAUUACAGUCAGGUGUUAGCAAUGUCAAAAUUAUUCACUUCAAAUUUUCAUCAGAUGAACGAAAUACAGAAGGGUUUAGCGGAAUCUCUUUAUCAACUAUCGCUGAAAGAAAUGAGCUUGAACGCAGAGUGUUCCUUGAACAGUGAUUCAUUGCGUUCAGUGGCACAUAACGGUGAACUUCUAGAGCGAGCCCUGUCGUUUUUUCUUUCAUCAAUUAAGACAUUAUCCGAGAAAACAUUUGAAGAUACAAUGGAAACAAUUCAUAAUUAUGACCAGGCUCGGUUGGAAUAUGACGUUCAUCGUAAUGAAGCAGUAUCACUACAACAGUCAGGUGCAACGCCUGAGGCAAUUGCAGGCGCUGAUUUCAGAUGUAAUCAGCACCGAGCAAAAUACGAACAAUUAAAAGCUGACGUCAAGGUGAAACUAAGACUACUAGAAGAGAACCGGUGGAAAGUAAUGCAUAAACAGUUGUUGCUUUUUCACAAUGUCUUGACACAGUAUUUCUCAGAAACUCCCAAUAUUUUAAGCCAUCAUUUAGGCAAUGCGAAGGCUCUGCUAUCAUCAAUGGAAAAUUUAAAUUUGGUCGAGACGGCAAAUGACGGUGUUGCUCCGUCAUUUUUGGAACAGUAA